AUGUCACAGAAGGCCAUCUCCGAGACCUACAAUUUCUUGUUUAAGUUCCUGGUUAUUGGAAAUACAGGAACUGGCAAGUCGUGCCUGCUUCAUCAGUUUAUUGAAAAAAAAAAAUUCAAAGAUGACUCCAAUCAUACCGUAGGAGUGGAAUUUGGUUCAAAGAUAAUAAAUGUUGGUGGUAAAUACGUGAAGUUGCAGAUAUGGGAUACAGCCGGCCAAGAGCGAUUCAGGUCUGUGAUGACCAGAAGCUACUACAGAGGCGCCGCUGGGGCCCUGCUCGUUUAUGACAUCACCAGCCGGGAAUCCUACAAUGCGCUUACUAAUUGGUUAACAGAUGCCAGAAUGCUCGCCAGUCAGAACAUCGUGAUCAUCCUCUGUGGAACAAUGGACCUGGACACAGACCGGGAAGUGACUUUCUUAGAAGCCUCCAGAUUUGCUCAAGAAAAUGAACUGAUGUUUUUGGAAACAAGUGCACUGACGGGGGAGAAUGUGGAAGAGGCCUUUGUUCAGUGUGCAAGGAAAAUACUUAACAAAAUCAAAUCAGGUGAGCUGAACCCAGAAAAGAUGGGCUCAGGCAUCCAGUAUGGAAAUGCAGCCUUGAGACAGCUGCGCUCGCCCCGGGGUGCUCAGGAGUGCGGCUGCUAG